UAUGAAAAUUGGGUACUUAUCCCACCACUGGCAAUAAGCCACCUCAGGGGUUUGUGUUGUGCCUAUGAACAGCCUUUAGCCAGUGGUAUAUUGGCCAUAUACCACACCCCCUUGGGCCUUAUUGCUUAAAUAUCAAAUAAUUUCUGGUUAACAAUUAAAGACAUGCUCUGGAACUUUGACAACUUUUAAGUAUUUUUUUAAACAUCCUACAUUGGGUUGGAUGUGUCCAAUGUGUAAUUUAUACAUGCUUAAACUAUGAGCAGAAUUACUGUCUUACCUUAAUUAGCCACGAAAUCCCUAGUUUGAAAGCAACUUUUUCUGGAAGCUGUGGUGCACCAUUUUCCCUUCAUUUUCACCCACAUGGGCCAGCCCCCUAGCAAUCCUAGUUUAUCCAAUGAGCUUCAGCUCCUCGCCAUAUGAGUUACAGCAAGCAAGAGGCACAUCAUGCACACAGCAGUAGAGUGGGAGAGAGAUUAAUGACUUGGUGCUCAAAACAACAUAUUUUCCUGGACCACUUUUGGCUCGGGAGUGCUACUGCAGAAGUACUGGCUAAAAAGUAGGCAAAAGUACCAGCGAAUAUCUUUAAGUACCUUACUGUGAUUGGGAUCCAUAAUAAUUACAAAUACAAAUAGCCACUGUUGCCAAAAUAAUGACCUGUCCAGCAUUUUUAUACAUGCUUGAUAGGAUAUGAAUUGCUUAAUUAACUGAGGAACAACACCUGUGUGGAAGCACCUGCUUUCGAUAUACUUAAUAUCCCUCAGUUAUUCAAGUGUUUCCAUUAGUUUGGCAGUUACCUGCAUAAUAGCAUUUGUUCAACUACAAAUGUGUUUUAAGUGUACGUUUAGCCUAAUUUCUGGGGAGAGAGCUGCUCAGGCCCUGUGGUUCUGUGCACCCAUGCAGCUUGUGAUGUUUCAACGUGUGUGUGUGUGUGUGAGUGCAUCUUAGUCUGUGUGUGAGUGUUGGUGCCGUGCUCAAGGAAGUGGUUUACCUAGUGUAUCUACAGCGGAAACUCACACGACACGAACUCCCAUCACUCUUUUCCUUCUCUCCAUUAUAUAGGUGUUCAGUCUAACUCUACAGCCCACCUCGCUGUCUCUCUCUCUGUCUCUCAAUGUUAGCCAGGUAUCUGUGUUCACUAUGCUCCCCACAGUAAUCUUGAAGGGGACUCUCAUCAAGAAGUCUCAGCAGAAGCGAAGGACGUCGCCCUGUAAUUACAAGGAAAGGUUAUUUGUCUUGGACACCCAGGACCUGACCUAUUCUGAACAGCGCCCUGGGAAAAAGCCCAUCCAGAAAGGCUGCAUUGAGCUCUCCAGGAUCAAGUGUGUGGAGAUAGUGUGCAGUGAAGCCCCAAUCCCCUGCAGCAACAAGUACCCCUUCCAGGUUGUCCACGACAACUGCUACCUGUACAUCUUCGCCCCAGACAACGACUGUCGUCAGAGAUGGGUCCGAGCUCUGAAGGAGGAGACCAAGUGCAACGCAUUACUCCUGAAGUAUCACCCCAACUUCUGGAUGGAGGGGAGGUGGAGGUGCUGUUACCAGACAGAGAAGAUGGCGACAGGAUGUCAGGAGUACGACCCUGUGGGAUACGGUACAGCUUCCAAGAAGCCUCUCCCUCCAACCCCGGACACACAGCGGCGGCUCUCCGACCCGGGCCAGAGUGUGGUGGUUGCGCUACAGAACUACAGUCCCCAUGGAGACACAGAGCUGGCCCUUCACAAAGACCAGGAGUACAUCCUGACUGACAGCUCCCACCAUGAUUGGUGGACCGUACAGGACCACAGAGGAAACACAGGUUUUGUACCUUGCACUUAUAUAGCGGAAAAAUCCUGCAACAACUUCAACAGAUUUGAAUGGUACAACAAAGACAUAACGAGAGGGAGAGCUGAGGAACUCCUGAUGACAGAGGGUAAGGAAGGAGCCUUUAUGGUGCGAGACUCCAGGUGUGCAGGUGUCUACACUGUGUCUGUCUUCACUAAAGCCCCAGGAUCCAACGGGCAGAAGAACCCGCGGGUGAAGCACUACCAGAUCAGACAGUCAGAGGCAGAGGAGACGUCCAAGUUUUACCUGGCAGAGAAAUACCUGUUCAUGACUAUUCCUGAACUCAUCCAGUACCACCAACACAACGCUGCAGGUCUGAUCACGCGACUGAGGCAUCCCAUCUCUCAGGGUAGAGAGAACUUUCAGAGCCCUGCAGAACUCUCAAAAGGUCAGUGGGAGGUGGACCCGGCAGAGCUGAUCCUGGGUGAGGAAGUGGGCAGCGGUCAGUUUGGCCUGGUACUCCAGGGGCGGUGGAGGGAGCGCAGGGUAGCUGUGAAGAUGAUCCGGGAGGGAGCCAUGUCUGAGGAGGACUUUAAAGAGGAGGCCAGGGUCAUGACGAUGCUGUCCCACUGUAAGCUGGUACAGCUGUAUGGUGUGUGUACCCAGCAUUCUCCCAUGUGUCUGAUGUUUGAGUUGAUGGAGCAGGGCUGCCUGUCGGACUACCUCCGAGCCAGGAGGGGGCGUAUGUCCCAGGACACCCUACUGGGGAUGUGUCUGGACGUCAGUGAAGGGAUGGCAUACCUGGAGAGCAAUAACUUCAUCCACAGAGACCUGGCAGCCAGAAACUGUCUGGUCUCCUGCAACAACGUGGUGAAGGUGUCUGAUUUUGGAAUGACCAGGUUUGUUCUAGAUGACCAGUACACCAGCUCCCAGGGCUCCAAGUUCCCCAUCAAGUGGUCUUCUCCUGAGGUCAUCAAGUACUGCAAGUUCAGCAGCAAGUCUGACGUCUGGUCCUUUGGUGUGUUUAUGUGGGAGGUGUAUACUGAGGGGCGUCUGCCCUAUGAGAACCGGUCUAAUGGUGAGGUGGUGGAGGCCCUGAAUGCAGGCCUGAGGCUGCUGAAACCCAGACAGGCCCCAGAGGCUGUGCACCUCCUCAUGGAGUGGUGCUGGAAGGAGAAACCAGAGGACCGUCCAUCCUUUGCUCUCCUGCUGCACGAGCUGGCCUCUCUCUCAGACCUCUGAGCCUGAAUGGACAAGCUAUUCAACCAAACCUAGUCUGCUAACUAGCUAUCCGGGGUAAAUCAUGGAAGAAUCAUUUGCUCAAUAAAACUGAAGAUUCUAUACAAAAAAGACUUAGCUAGCUGUAUUUAUGUUAUUUAUUAAUUUCCUUCUAGUUUCUAUUUCUUACUUUUUUUUAUAGCAACCAUAUUUUUUAUAAAAUGAAGAAGUCUA